AUGAAAAAAAGAAGAGAUAUUCUGUAUUUUAAAAUGUUUAAAAAGUUCACCGUUUCUCACAUUCUCGAAAUGAAAACAACAUUUCAACUCAAUAGCAGCAAACAACAACAACAACAAAUCUGCAAAAAUAUUCAGGUCACCGACCUCAUACAGAACAACAACCAAGUCCUAUCGACAAUUAGCUUAUUUCCUAGACACAAAAAUAUAACUUAUGGAAAUGUAAUACUAAUGGAAGAUAUAUUUACCCUAAAAAUUCAUAUAAAAACAUUUAAAAAGCCAGCGCAUUGCUACACAUUCACAGUUAUAGACGCAGAAAAAAAAACAAAUGAUAACAUGCUCGAUGAUGAAGUUGGUGAUUACAGUGAAGAAGACCUUGUUGAUCGUCAAGUUGGUGAUAAUGCUGACGUGGAACUAGCUGACGAUGGUCGGCCAAGUCAUAAAGUUUACGCACUUUCCAUUCCCUUCCAAGGAUCCUUCCAAGGGUAUUCACCUUUUACUACACUGAGAUAA